ACGGGACAAUGAUGGAGAUAUUGAAAUCGAACGGUGUUGUUAUUAUUGACUCUGUGACACUGUGACGCGAGUGAAUGAUAUCCGCCCGAUCUCGUACGAAUUUCGAGGAAAGAAUCGGAAGAGGGAGAGAGAGUACAAGUUGGAUAUCUUUUUCGGGACGACGAUUGUUUGGAUAUCACGAUGGCGAUAUGCGAACGAACUACGUUGACCGAAUGGGAUAAACUUCCUUCCAUCAAGGUAGGCGACUUCACGCUCGAGGUCGAAUUUGGGCCACCUGGCAAGGAGUUGCAAGAGAUAGCGAAGAACGAACUUCGAGAGACGCCCGAACUUCAGAAGGAUGCGAUCGCCCGACUUAGGGAAUUGUUAAAAGCCGAGACAGAUUUGAAAUGCCCCGUGGAGAACGACGCCUGGCUGAUCCGAUUUCUCAGGCCUUGCAAGUAUUAUCCGGAAUCGGCGUUGAAUCUGGUUAAGAAUUAUUACAAUUUCAAAGUGAAGCACUCGAACGUCUACGACAAUUUGAAACCGAGCAAAGAGAAAAAUAUAUUCGAGCAAAACAUUCUGUCUGUGUUGCCGAAUCGAGAUCAAAAUGGGCGAAGGAUACUGGUGAUAGAGUUGGGGAAGAAAUGGAAGCACAACAAGUGCAGCCUGGACGAGGUGUUCAAGGGUUGCGUGCUGUACGUGGAGGCGGCCAUGUUGGAGCCGGCCACUCAGAUCGCGGGCGCGAUAGUCGUUUUCGACAUGGACGGGCUCACUCUUCAACAGGCUUGGCAAUUCACCCCCGCGUUCGCCAAAAGGAUAGUGGAUUGGCUGCAGGACGCCGUACCGCUCAGAAUAAAGAAUAUACACAUCGUUAAUCAGCCAUACGUGUUUAACAUGGUGUUCGCGCUGUUCAAACCGUUCCUUAGGGAUAAAUUGAAGAACAGGCUGAUCUUCCACGGCAAUGAUCGGAAAUCGUUGCACCAAUACAUCUCCCCCAAAUGUUUGCCAGCCUGCUACGGUGGAAACUUGCAACUUCCUCGUAUAACGGGGCCACAAUGGUUGGAAUUGUUAUUAUUAUGCGACAAAGAGUACGAUGCAAUCAACUCGUACGGUUAUAAGAAAUAAUUCAUCCGUUUCGAUGCGCCUUCAUGCGAGGAUGUAAAAAGAGAGAUGAUGUGAAGAUAUCAAUUUUUUCUUCUUCUUCUUCUUUUUUUUUUUUUUUUUUUUUUUUUUUUGGGAAACUUUGUCGGCUGUGGACUUUCUCGUUAACACGCUGAUCUGGAUUCAGCGCAUAGCCUACUUAGUUAUCUGUUAUUAUCUGCUUAUAAGCGGAUCAUUGCUAGUUUGACCUUUUAUAAUAUUAUUGCAAUUUAAAUUAU